AUGACAAUUCCAACUUUAAUUUAUUUUAAUAGAAGAGGUAGAGGAGAAUUCAUUAGAUUGAUAUUGAAAUACCUGAAAGUAGAGUAUAACGAUGUGAGAAUCGAGGAGAUUACCGAUGAGUUACGUAGUAGAUUACCUUAUCACCAAGUUCCUCUCUAUGAAGAUGGCGAUGUCACACUCGUACAAUCGAUAGCAAUCGCUAGAUACAUUGCGAAUAAGCACAACUUUGCUGGUGCUACUCUAGCUGAGAAAGCGAUUGCCGAUAGCUUAGUCGAUAGUACAUCCGACACCAUCGUACCAUUCAAAUUGGCAACGCAACGCAACGACGAAGAAGCAAAGAAUAAAUUCAAAAGUGAAACACUACCAAAGUUCCUAAAGGCAUGGGAGUCUGCACUAAUUAAAAACGGUGCCAACUACUUUGUUGGACAAUCAUACACUUGGGCAGAUGUCUACAUCUACUACACACUCUAUUUCUUCAAUAUCAACGGUUACACCGAGCUCGUCAAUUAG